AUGGAUCCUGAAAGUCGUGAUUACACUUCGUUUAAAACCCAUCGACAACCACAGUACAGAUUCAAAGUUGUGAGUUUUGGUCGGAAAAAUGCUGCAGCAACCUUUCAAAGGGAAAUCAAUAAAGCACUCCAUGAAUACAAAGACUUUGCCAGAGCAUAUAUUGAUGACAUCGCAAUAUUUUCAAAAAACUGGAAAUCUCAUAUGGUUCAUUUGGAUAUGAUACUCACUAAGUUGGAAGAGCUUCGUUUUACAGUCAAUAUCAGCAAAUGUGAUUUUGCCAAACCGCAAAUCAAAUAUUUGGGUCAUGUAAUCGGAUCUGGAAAACAUCAAGCCGAUCGUGAGAAGAUAGAAGCAAUUUCCAGAUUAUCAAAACCGAAGACCAAGAAGACACUCAGAAGUUUAUUAGGUCUAUGUAACUAUUAUAGGGACUAUAUUCCAAAAUAUUCUGAAUUAGUAUAUCCACUUACUGAACACACAAAGAAGAAGAUACCUGAGGAAAUACCAUGGAAAGAAGAGCACGAUAUUGCUUUCGAGGAACUCAAGAAUGCUCCGAUUAAAGCUCCAUCGUUGUAUACACCAGUUUUGGGACAACCAUUCAUUAUACAUUGUGAUGCAUCACAAAUAGGAGUUGCAGCAUGUUUGUCACAAAAUUUCAAUGAACGCAAUUAUCCCAUAGCCUAUGCAAGUCAGAAGUUAACUCGAGCUCAGCAAUCGUGGUCUACUAUAGAAAGAGAAGCAUAUGCUAUUGUGUGA